UGAAGAAAAUCCCAUUGUGUUUCCAGGCAGGAGGAGGCAUGGAGAGGGCAGGGUGGGAGAGGAGAUCGGGGACGUCGCUGGCGGGGUGCUUUUAAGAUCCUGGGAGGCGUAGCGAGCACAGCAGUCUGGUGGCCGGGCUUAAAGCAGAGAGGUGCCUGUCUUGCUUGCACGGUUCAAACGUCUCCUUUCCGCACCUGGACUGAUGCAUCUCUCUGCUCCGGUGCCUCCAGGAGCCCGUGGCGUCCAGCGCUGCACCUUCUCCGCAUUUCUCUUCCUAUAGUCCUACAUUUAUUUUACGUCACAUUUUGAUUUCAGUCAAAGAAGUUGGUAAACAGUUGCCUUGCCUGUUUUAUUUGUUAUUUUUCCCCCUUGCAUAAUGUUGAGGAGCUUGGUUCCAGCCAGGAGCGCUGGUCUUUUGACUGGCUGCCGUCACGUUGGACUCAUGGUCUUCAUGGUCAUUGCGCUGCUACCGGAGCUCAGAGCAUCGCAUACUCGGGAUAGGGGGAACUACACAGACUUCUCAGAGAAGAAGAGUGAUCUCCGAGUUUGUGACGAUUCCACAUGUCGAUAUGGUGGAACCUGCAGUGAUGAUUUGAGGUGUAUCUGCUCGUUUCAGUGCCUCAAACGCCAUAGACCAGUGUGUGGGUCUGAUGGAGAUACCUACCGAAAUGACUGUUAUUUAAGACAAGCGACCUGUAAGCAACAGAAACAUAUCACCCAAGUUUCAAAGGGGUCAUGCUACCAUGAUAAUGGCUCUGGAUCGGGAGACAGAGGAUAUGAUGGAUCAGGUGCGGAUACAAGCAAGAAAUUUACUAAGUGUGGAGAGUGCAGUUAUGGGGCCGAAUGUGAUGAGGAUGCUGAAGAUGUCUGGUGCAUUUGCAACAUCGACUGCAGUGGUCACAAUGAGAACCCUGUGUGUGGGACCGAUGGGAAUUCAUAUGAUAACCCCUGUUUGGUGCGAGAGGCGUCCUGCUUGAAGCAGGAGCGGAUUGACGUUCAAACCCUCGGCAGAUGCCCAGGUUCUGGUGAUGAAGAGGAUAGGAUGGAUACAGGGAUUCCCAAUCCUUGUUCGGAAAGCUAUGGAAGUUUCUGCGUUCACGGUGAAUGCGAAAUGAAACGCAAUGUGGUCUCCUGCCGGUGUGAUUCAGGGUACAAAGGACUACAGUGCGAUGAGGCCAAGGAUUUCAGCAUCCUCUAUGUGGUCCCCAGUGGCCAGAAGUUUCAGUAUGUCCUCAUUGCUGCCAUCGUUGGGGCCGUGCAGAUUGUUGUCAUCGUUGCCAUAGUGACUUGCAUCACAAGGAAAUGCCCGAAAAAUAACAGGGGGCGUCGACAAAAGAAAAACACGGGACACUUCAUAUCAGACAAUACUUCCAGGAUAGUAUAACCGGUGUUUUCAUGUAACAAAGAAUGACAUUGUUUUAUGUUGUUUUAUGUAAAUAUCUAUCUGUUUUCUGUUUUUUUUUCAACAAUUCAAAAAAGUAAACACUUCAAUUCAGCGAUAAAUGAUGUUAAUGAUGAAUUUAUUAACUUUAUUAAUCAUUUAUCUCCUUUUUGCCGUUUAUUUGAGAGGCCUCCUUCAUAUUUUGCAGUAUGCUACAGUGUCAAACAUUUUAUUGUCAGAAAUUGUCCCACUUUAUUUGUUUAUAUUUUGUGUGAUUCCUUUCUAGUUCAUUUUAAAAGAAAUGCAUUUCAACCUUGAAUUACAAACAUCUACCAGUAUCCCAGAACCCCAUAGUUUUCUUUCUUUCCCAAUUUUUCUAUUCUUGUUGUUUCUUAUUUGUCAGUUUUCACUUUUGUCCUGAGUACCAAUUUUUUUAAAACAACUAAAAUGUGAAGACCUUUAAAGGUUAUUGUUAACAAAUAAUGUAUUUCGAAGAUAUUUGGAAAUAUUUGUAUUUGGAAAAAUAUACUUGGGGAAAAGUAAAUGUUUUGUAAAAUUUUGAUGGUACAUCAUGUAAUUCUCAACACAUAUCGCAUGGCUUGUAAACUGUUCUGUGGAGUUGUUUUAAGAGAAUUAAAUGCUCUUUUUGAGAGAA